UAUAAUGACAGUAGUUUGAGACUGUUUAUGCAAAAUCUAGUGCAGAAGUUACUGUCUUUAUGACAAAUUGCGACAGGUGUGGUGAAAUUUCAUGAUGUUAUUAACUCAUGCAAACACCACAUUUUGGUGUUGAGAGCUGAUCAGAACCUGAUGCACUUCAACUAAGAUAUUAGUAGUAAUAAGUAGGCAGAAGAGGAUUCCGCGUGCCAACUUUGUGGGAUUAUACUGGGUAUGUUGUUGAAGUGGGUACUCUGUGUGCUAAUGAAUUUGCUCAUAUUUUGUGGAUUUCUUAAUGCACAAAGCUAUUAAGUUCGGCGAAGUCCAUAUAUUACACUCUAUAUCCGCCCUUCUGUCGUUGUUCUCUCUCUCUUUUUUAUUAUUGCCCCAAGAAGAGGGGGCAGAAAUUUGGAAUGUAGAAUUGGAAGAAGCCAUGUGAGACCAACUUUGAAGAAUGAAGAUCUAUAUACUCAAAUCAUUAGCACUUUAGCAUCCCCAAAGUUUGAUACAACCCAUUUUUUGCUCAACUUACCAAGUUGUAUUGCAACUUCUUUUAUAACAAUGAUGUUUGGGUCAACUUGAGCACACCUAGAUUAAUAGGUAAUAGGUUACCAACACGCCAAAUAACUCUAUCCAUCAAGACUUGGACAAAUAGGAUUACCUAGUGAUUCUCGACCUACUUUAUUGAGUGAUCAUACAACUUUAAACUCUUAUAUGAUUAUUCUCUGUGCUAUUAAUAUUAUUUUUGUCCAUAAAUUUGGGCAUCCCCUCCUUUGUGGAAUCCCUUUCUCUUGAAUACAGUUCAACUAAUAUACAAAAAGGAGGAAUUAAUUAAGAAUACAAUUAAGAGGUACCCUUUAUGCAGUUAGUUCCCAUGCAUGUGCACUGCCAUCUCACAGAGUUAGCUUUUUUUGCACACAAUUUUGCAAACUCAUAUUGUCCUAUGAUAGAAGUUUGAUUCUCCUCAUUUUCAGUAUAUAAAAGCUUGUUAACUAACUGGUUUCUCCUCAUUAGUCAUCAGCAGAGAAUAUGGGUAAAGAAGCCAAACAUGUUAGUCAUAUUUUGCUUUCUUGAAUUUAUUUCAUUUGUGAGAUUCAAUAGACUAUGAGAAAUGUUCACAUUGUUGAGUAUUAUGUUUGAUAGGAGACCGUUACGAAGAUAGAAGAAGUCAAACAACCUUCUCCUUUCAUUUUGUAUGUAGACUUGCAUUGUAUAGGAUGUGCUAAGAAGAUUGAGAAGACCAUUUCCAAGAUUAGAGGGGUUGAGAGAGUAAUGAUAGAUAUGGUGCAAAACCAGGUGAUGAUAGAUGGAGUGAUCGAACCACAAGCAGUGUGCGCCAGUAUUGUUAAGAAAACAAAGAGAGUAGCAAAAAUAUUGUCACCCCCGGCACAAGGCGAGGAUGAACCUAUUUGUGAAGUUGUUGCUUCAGAGGUUAGCAGGUUGACAACAGUUGAGCUUAUUGUCAACAUGCAUUGUGAGGCAUGUGCCAAGCAACUUAAAAGAAAAGUUCUACAAAUGAGAGGAGUGAGAACAGCUGAAACAUAUCUGAGCUUAGGGAAAGUGAUAGUAACAGGAAGCAUCAACGCCAACAAGCUCGUUGACUAUGUUUACAGGCGAACAAAAAAGCAGGCGAAAGUUGUCCUUCAACCUGAACCCUGGAAACCUACGGAAGAACCAAAGAGUGAAGAUCCAAAUUCAAAUCGAGAUGAAGAGGCUAAGAAACUCGAAGAGGAAGAAAAGAACGAAGAUAGGAAAGACGGUAAGAAGGCAUCAGAAGGAGAAGAAGAAAUCAUCAAUAAGAUGAUGUAUUAUAGCCAACCACUUAAUGUCAUCGAAAGAUCAAUCCCUCCACCUCAGUCCUCACCUCUUCUCCGACGAAAAUCCUGAUGCAUGUUGCAUAAUGCAACCACUAAUAACAGUUAUGUGAAAGAUCAUUUUCUUCUAUUCAAUUUGUAAGUGGUCAUAGGAGGGAGACCAUUUUCUUUGUUGGAUGACCAACUCGUAUGUUUCUUGCAUUUUACGAGACAAGGGUGCAACAGAUAACAGAUGAUAAUGCCAGAAGAAAAAAAUCAGACCUUAUAUACAUAAGGUUUCAAUAUCAUCUCUAUGUAAUUGAAAGCAUAAGGUGAAAGCAUUUCGAUGCUAAAUUAUCAUAAGGAUGUGUGUAUAACCAUAGAAAAGGUUUUAACGAUUACUAUUUUCUAGAGGGAGGACUAAGACAAGGAGUAAAACUAGUCCCAGACUCAAAG